GGGAGUUUUGCUCUGAAUGGUCAACCUAUGAGGACAAAGAGAGAUGGGAAUUUUCAUCAUUCACAACCGGAUUCGUUAGUCUACUCAUUUCCUUUAGAUUAAUAAUUCGUUCCAUGUCCCCGCUCCCCUCCAUAAGUCCCCUCAUAACACCUCUCCACCUCCUCCAUUUCUCUCUAAGAACACCCUUUUUUUGCCUCCUUAGCAUCAAGAUUCUGUGCUAGUUCAGCAGCUUUGAGAAACAUUUAGUUUUAACCACAAUGGGAUUUGAUGAUAUUUGUAACACUGGCCUUGGUCUUGGUCUAGGCUGCCUCAUUAAGCAAGAAAACUUUUCGCAGUCCGAUCAUCAACAAAAGCAGAAGAAAUUGUUCCUGAAACACGACCACUUUUUCCCAUUUCUUACGUUAGGUCCAUCAGAUGAAAUAUAUCAAUCUGCUACUAAGAUUGGUGCUAGUAAAGUACACGGCGAGUCGAUUGAUUUGCACCAACAAGCCUCUUCUCUUAGUGCAGUAUCUUCAUUUUCUAACUCUAGCGUCAAGAGGGAGAGAGAUUUUGGUGGCGAAGAGGUAGAAUUGGAGAGAGUCUCUUCAAGGGUCAGUGAUGAAGAUGAUGAAGGCAGCCCCAGAAAGAAACUUAGGCUUAGCAAAGAACAAUCUGCAAUUUUAGAAGACAGCUUCAAAGAACACAGCACUCUCAAUCCUAAACAGAAGCAAGCUUUAGCACAGCAGCUGAAUCUAAGGCCACGGCAAGUGGAAGUAUGGUUCCAAAAUAGGAGAGCCAGGACAAAGCUGAAACAGACUGAAGUAGAUUGUGAGUUACUGAAGAAAUGUUGUGAAACACUAACAGAAGAGAACAAGAGGCUGCAGAAGGAACUACAAGAGCUUAAAUCAUUGAAACUAACAUCAUCCUAUUAUAUGAAGCUGCCUGCAGCAACCCUCACUAUGUGCCCUUCCUGUGAAAGGGUUGCCAAUGGGGGUGAAGGCCCUUCAACAUCAAUCCCUUUUACAAUUGGUCAGAAAUCUCACUUCUUCAAUCCCUUCUCUCACCCAUCUGCAGCCUGCUAGGCAACUUGUUGACGCCAUAGAACAGUGCUAGUUUUGUUCUAGGCUUAUGUGUCAAAUAUUUAUCUGUAUGGAGUAAUUAAAUCUUACUAGACUUAUAUCUAUAUCUAUAUUUGUGUAUAAAUUAAAUAUUUGUACAUACUUAGAAAAGGCUAGCUGAGAAGGUCUUGAUCUUCUCAUUAUCUGCGUGAAAAAUUAAUUAGUUACUACCCUUACUGAUUUUGAUUCAUUUAGUGAAGUUAGGCCAUAUUGUAAGAAGCAUAGAGAAAUGGAGAAAUAUUAUUUCCUUUUCAACAGAUUAUAUGGGGCUGUAAUUUAUAUCAUAAUUGCACUAGUUAAAUUUAUUGGCUGGUAUUUUCUUUAAUUGUUAUAUAUUCUGUGUCAUUUUUUUCUAUUCUUUUUUCUUCUUGAUUGUUUUGCCUUACAUAUUAUCUGUUGAAUUCUGCCAUUGAUAUCCAGCAUAUAAUUCCAGACUUGGCACAGGCAAUAUCAUGUCUUAUUUCAGGUCUUCCCUCCCCCAAUUGGAUAAAGUUUAUCUUUACUAUAGGUAACCUUUGGUCUGGAAGAAAUUCAUGUUUUGGUUUGGUCGAAAGGCAACUCAAUAGAAAUUGCCUUAAGUUGCUUAAUGACCAAGAAAGGGAAACAUAGAAGACUGCAAGGACGUCCACUUUUGCUCAAAAAAGUAAACCUUUUUAUUGUGGUUUAGAUUAAGAGAAAGAUAAGUUGGAUUUGAAAUCUUUGUUUUU